AUGCGCCCUUCGCCGCCGGCCUUGCGCUGCCUCUUGCGUGCAUCGACUCCCCGACCGCUUCGAGCUCCCCCGACUGGCCUCAUUCUCUUCUCGAAGCGGCACCUACACACGCCGCUGCGAACGUCUCUCCCACUCCGCUCUCAAGCACUCGUGUUCCGCAACCGGCCCCUGCUUGCAUCGGUACGCCAUGAAUCCACGGCCUCGAAUUCCACGCCCCAAUCCGGCGACUCUACUGCUCCCCCCCCUUCGAGGCUUGAUCGCGAUCAAGUCCCCGCCUACGAGAUGACCUUCACCUGCAAGAAAUGCAGCACGCGGUCUUCGCAUAGGGUGUCGAAACAGGGCUAUCACCAUGGUACUGUCCUUAUCACGUGCCCGGGGUGCAAGAGUCGGCAUUUGAUGAGUGACCAUCUCAAGAUUUUCUCCGACAAGCCUGUUACCGUUGAAGACCUCAUGCGAGAAAAAGGCCAGCUUGUCAAGCGAGGCUCUUUAAGCACUGAGGGCGACGUCGAGUUCUGGGACGAUGGAUCUAGCACUCCCCGCUCUGCCAAUUUCGUCCCGAACUCCACAACCAAGACAGACCCUGGGGCAGAGGAAUGCCGACUGACUGAGUCUCCGGCUUCGCACAAAUCCACCCGAGAUUAA